CAAACUUGGAACUGGAAAACGAUUCGAAGGGGGUCCUCUCUGGGAGGUAAGCCCGAAGAAACGAUGGCUUUUGCGUUUUCUUCGCCAGUGUGCACAAAGUCCAUGGCCGUUCAUUGUUUCCCAUCCGCUCGAAGUGAACGUUUCAUUGUAGGUAGUCUGUCUUUGUUACAUAGGCCUUUAUCCUUCCCCGUCCUCGUGUACCCCCGCGGUCGAGACCUCAGCUCUGCUAUUGUGGCUGCAUCUUCUUCUCGCAAAAAGAAAAAGAAGCAGAAUUUGUCUCAAAACCAUGUUAAAGUGGAGGAUGAGGAAGAGAGGACGCUUUUGAGCUUCUUUUCAAGCAGCUGGAAGAAGAUCUCAAAAUGAUGAUAUGUCCUUCAAUGAUAAUGAUGAUGAAAUAACCGAGGAAGACCUUGUCAUGUUAGAACGCGAGAGUUAGAGGAUGCGUUGGGGGCAGAUGAUGCAGAGAAAUGUUAAAUUCUGUCUUAAACGAUACAGAAACUGACGGUGAUGCUACUAAUGAAGAAAAAGAAGAAGAAGAUGAUGAUGAUUUCGAACGAGAUGGGGGGCAAGUGAACCUUCGAAGCUGGCAACUAAGGAAAUUAGCUAAAGCACUAAAAGCUGGUCGUCGCAAAACUAGUAUCAAAAGUCUGGCUGCCGAGCUUUGUCUUGAUAGGGCUAUUGUUCUUGAGUUACUUCGUGACCCUCCUCCAAAUCUUUUAAUGAUGAGUCUGUCAUUACCUGAUGAGCCGACAGCACCAACAGUAGAAUCUGAAGCUAAACCCUCAGAGACUGUUCUUGAAGAAAUACGCACAGAUCAUGAAGAUCCCGAGGCAAAGUCUAAUGUACCUGUUCAUGUUAUGCAACGUAGAUGGUCUGCUCAGAAGAGAUUGAAAAGGGUACAUGUUGACACUCUGGAAAGAAUUUACAGGAGAACAAAGCGGCCCACUAAUGCAAUGAUCAGUAGCAUCGUGCAUGUGACCAACCUUCCUCGGAGGAGAGUUGUUAAAUGGUUUGAAGAUAAACGUGCAGAGGAUGGUGUUCCCGAAGAUCGUUUUCCAUACCGGCGCUCUGGUGCGGAAGCUCGCUGAAGCAUGUUGUUUAUGUUAUCUACAUUUUUAUCUUUAAUAUAAAAUUCAUAAAAUUUUUGGAAAGGUGCAUUUAUUAAAUUAGUUAUAUACGGCUUAAUUUGCCUUAGAAUCUAUAGAACAGUGCUCAAGUUCUGUUGAAAUAUAUGUUUUUAUGUAAUGAAAGAAUCGUAAGAGAAAUUAGAAGGGGAAUGGAUGGUUCUUGAAGUGAA